GAGUGAAGGUGGUUUGCGUCAUGACGCGCACUUAAAGAGAAGAGACCCCCCCCCCCCCCCCCCCCCUACUCCUCAGAAGAAAAAACUUUUUUUGUUUUUUUUUGGGGCGCACUCCUCGCCGAUGGGGGCCGCGCCGGGCUCCGGCUGGGAGGAAGGCGAGUUCGAGUUCAAGCUGGCGUUCGAGGAGGACGUGCUGCGGCCGGAGGAGGAGGUUUCCGGCUCCGGCUCCGGCUCCGGCUCCGUGGAGCCCUCUGACAGCAGCACCAGUGUGGUUCAGGACAGCCACUGUGCCACUACUCAUGUGGAGCACUCCCCAGUCAACAUCCCCAGCCCGCCACCCUCGGCCAAUCGGCGGGCCGGGAUGCAUUCCCCGCCUCCACGGAGAGCGCUGGCUAAAGAAUUCAGCGGCACCUACGAGAGCCUGCCGGCGCGCUCCGUUCAGGUUUCAGAGUCCUGCGUGGUGGAGUGUCCCAGCAUUCAGAUCACCACCAUCUCGCCUGAAGACGAGCCAGCAUCCGCCCUCUCCUGGGACGUGGAGGGCGGAGGUAGGUGGGACAAGGAGCGUCUCUACCUCCCCCUGCUGGACCCCUUCACCUACCGAGACAGGUGCCCGGGCUCGCUCAGUCCCAGCCCUGCCUCCAGCCCCUCGUCCCGUGGCUGGUUGAGUCCGGCCUCCAGCUGUGACUCUCUGCUGGUGGAAGAGGAGGAGCUCAGCGAGGCCACGCUCAAUUUCGGGCUCUCACCGUCCUCCCGGCCAACUUCUCCGGGCGGAAAGAAGCGGAGAAACUCGCCCCUUGCGUCCCCUUGCUCGUCCCGAAGGGGGAGUUACUCCGAGGAGCUGCAGGGCCUGGAGGGGGGAGACUCAGGCCCUCUGUCACAAGCUCCGUCGGGUAGCUGUGAGCUCAGCGUUCCACAGAAAACGAGGAAGACAUCUGUGGAGCAGUUGUCUCCAAGGGAUCAGGAGCAGGCCCCAGGGCCACAACAGCCAGAGACCAUGCAGACCAGAAGAGACCCCCCUUCAAUGAGUAUGGACUACCUCUCGGUACCCCCUGCUCUGGCUUGGGGGCGGACCCGAGGCAACGCCCACAGUCCUCUCUUCAGGUCCAAUGCCCUCCCGCCGCUCGACUGGCCCCUGCCUUCCCAGUUUGACCAGUACGAGCUACGCAUCGAGGUGCAGCCCCGUCCGCACCACCGAGCCCACUACGAGACCGAGGGGAGCCGAGGAGCCGUCAAGGCCAUUCCGACUGGGCAUCCUGUUGUCAAGCUGUUCGGCUACAACGAAAGGAAAUCGCUUUCUCUCCAGGUUUUUGUCGGAACCGCAGAUGAUCGCUCCAUCAGGCCACACCCCUUUUAUCAGAUACACAGGGUGACAGGGAAAAUGGUGGGGACCACCAGUCAUGAGAGCAUCCAGGUGGGAACAAAAGUGCUGGAUAUCCCCCUCAACCCGGAGAACCACAUGACUGCACUAAUCGACUGCGCCGGGAUUCUCAAGCUGAGGAACUCGGACAUUGAGCUGAGGAAGGGCGAAACUGACGUUGGGAGGAAGAACACGCGGGUGCGCUUGGUCUUCCGAACCCACCUCCCUCUGGCGCCCCCUGCUGCCCCCCCUGGUCGGGUUCUGGCCCUGCAGGUGGUCUCGCUGCCUAUCGAAUGCUCCCAGCGGUCAGCACAGGAACUGCCCGUCAUCGAGUCAGUCAGCCUCACUUCCUGUUCGGUAGAGGGCGGCGAGGAGCUCCUGCUGAGCGGCACCAACUUCGUGGCAAUCUCCAGAGUUGUUUUUAUGGAGAGAAGCACAGAUGGUAAACUUCAGUGGGAAGAGGAAGCUCACGUGGACCGUGACAACAGCAAUGAGUGUUUGCUGUGCGCGAGGGUGCCGCCCUACUGUGACCUGUCCAUCACUCAUCCAGCGUCGGUCAGUCUUUUCGUCUCCAAUGGGAAGAGGAAAAGGAGCAGCACUCAUUGCUUCAAAUAUGUCCCCAUCAUGUUCAAGGAAGAAGACCCACUGCUGUCCCGAUCCCAGGCACCGCCUCUGGAGUCCCGGCAUGAAGGGGCGGUGUGUUCUUCGGCGGGGGGUCGGUCCAGAAUGAAUGUGAGGUGCGACCCCAUGACAGACGGGCAGACGGGCCUGGGAUUCCGCCUGCCCUCCUAUCCGCCCACCUACUCCCCUCCGUGUACCGCCCUGGCUUACCAGGAGGAGUACGGCGCCGACACAGUGACGGAGGAGCCCGGGGGGACGGGCCCCACCGUGUCUGAGCAUCACCCCAGCUUUGCGAACCUGGAGCUGGGCUUCACUGAGCUCCUCCCCCCUCUGCACCUCCGAGGUCCCCAGCCACCGUCCCCUUCCCCCUGGCUCGACUCACCCUACCUGUCCUCCUCACCGUCUCCCUCCCACUCCUCUUCUCUUAGCCCUUUCCCAGCCGGCAGCCCCAUCUCCACCUCCCCUCUACCUCCUGUUCUGACCCCACCGUAUGCCCAGUACUCGGCUUAUCCUCAGGAGAUGUGCCCCUCCCCCCCAACACAUCUGAGCACCUACCACGACAUGUGUUCAGCGCCUUACUCCCACUAUGAGAGCUGGGACGCUCAGGGGAGGGUUCUGGGAAUGGGUCAAAGGGAUGAGAGGGAUGCCAAGAUUCAGGAGUGCCCUCUGGAGUUCACCAGCUCCACCACCAUGCACCCCAUCACAUUUGAGGAAGUAUCAGAGUACAUCGGGCAGGACUUACAGUCCUUCCAGGACGCCUCGCACACCGACAAGCAACCACACUGAUGAUGUCAUCAUUCUGCAUCAUUAACUUUCGCAAUGCACUAUAUAACACAACUUCCUGCUCCACCUUUCCUAUUUUAUUGCUGGGCAUUCAUAUUUCUUACACGAUUAUGGCCGUAGGUACAUGUACGCAUUUCUUUUUUGAUAUGUUAUAAAGGGAAAGUAAUGUUUCUGUGCAAAUAAAUUAUCUCCAAAAUGAAAAGUGGAGCCUUUGUGUUUUUAUUCACAAAGAAGGUGUCAUGACUACUUAGUGGAAAAGCAA